GUUCUUCCUUGUAGAAACAAUCAGAGCUGUGAGUCGCUUCCUUGUGAGUUGCAGUAGUUUGCAGAGAGGCUGCUGAAGGGAACGCCAUGGGGAAGAUCGAGUGGGCGAUGUGGGCCAAUGAGCAGGCUCUGGUCGCAGGACUCAUUCUCCUCACUGGAGGCAUUGUUGGGGUGGCUGGAACGUUCAGAGGCUGGGAGUUUGCUGCAUAUGCUAUUGCUGCCGGGGUGUUUGUGUGUCUACUGGAGUAUCCCAGAAGCAAGAGAGCCAAAGGUACGAGUGUGGAGAGAACUGGACAGUAUUGCUUCACUAUAUGUGUGAAAUCCUUUGGGCCAGUGACCAGGAACUACUAUGUCAGAGCAUUUAUAUAUGCUGCAAUCUGUGUACCUGGAGGUUUCAUACUCGCAACUGUCCUCGGAUGUGUCUGCCUCGGCAUUGCCAGCAUUAUCUACCUCGUGGCAGCUAUCCGAGGUGAACAGUGGGAGCCCAUUCUUCCGAGGAAGGAGGUCAGCCGAGAGUUAAAGGACGGCGUUAAGAAUCCUCCCCAGAAUCCACCACCAAGACCUCCUCCUGAGACGCGGAGGAAACGCGUUGAUGACCUUGAGGGAGCAACCUAUGACAACCCCAUCCCUGUUAGCGAGUAACUAACCAGCUCACUGCCCCGUCCUCUGGACCCUUUCCCCUGUCCGCCAGAGAGCUUAGUACAGUUAAACCUAUCAACAGCAGUCACAGUGGUGCAGCACUAUCUCAUCCUAGACAAACGAUUAGUUUUCUGAAGUCAAGUGAAGUGACGUGACAUGUUGGGUCCAAGCCUUCUUACCUGUGGAGAAAUACUGUACCUUGAGAGAGAACAUUGAACAUUUUUCUGAACUAGAAUUGAGAAUUCAAUGGAGGAUGUAUGAAGUGAAUUCAACUUUUGAAAAGAAAAAGAAAACCUACAACAUAAAUCAAAUGUAAAUGCUUCAGCUGCUAAGAGGGAACGACUGUUCUUAGUUUGUACUCUAGGUUGAAUGCACUUAUUGUAAGUCGCUUUGGAUAAAAGCGUCUGCUCAAUGACAUGUAAUGUAAUGUAAUAUUUACAAAAGUUUGUCAAGUCAAAAGAUUGUAGGUGAUGUACUGCUUUUCUAAAAGUGCAAACCGAUACCUGUUUACUGUGUUGCAUCCACUGUAUUGUGUUGUUAGCAUUGAUCCUACAAUAUAUUGUAGUAUGUACUUACACUCUGUUCUUAACCCCUGUGUAUUUGUGUAUUUGUGUAUUUCUUGAGAUCAAUUGAACACAAUCCUGAAAGGACAACAUAACGAUGUUUGCUCGGAUUAAAUUUACAUAUUGGGUUUUGGCUGUAUCCGGCUGAUUAUAUUGGGCAUUUAUCAUUAUUUAGUUGUUUGUAAUUUGAUGUCUUAUAAAUAAAUGCCUUGUGUGCCUUGAA